ACAAAGCAUUGAGGACUUACAAAAUAAAACUAACGUGGGUAAAUGUAUAUGGAAACAAAUAAUUGAAGAUCUGAUUGUAGCUAUUUAGCAAUGGUUAAACAGCAAAAAUGGGAUGCUGUAUGAUUUUAGGAACAUGGUAGUAUAAGAGGUACCUAUAGGUACUCCGCUGCUUAGGAGUACCUAAGUGUUGGGGUGCUUUGUUAAGUACUUGGGAUUCUUCUGAAUUAGUGUCCUCAUAAACCCAUCAGAUGGGUAUAUCUACUUUAACUGUAUAAAAACUAAGGAAGAACAAAGGCUCAGGGUGGGUAAGUACUUAAAUAAGGUCACACAGCUUAGAAAGUAAAUAAGCUUUGAACCCUGUUCUACUCAACAUCAAAUCUUCUCAUUCCAUGAAUGAUGCAGACUUUAAACAUCACAUAAAUAGUUGAAAAAAAUUUUUCCCUUUUCAUACGACUGUUUUAAAUAUUUGCCAUCAUUUCAAGAGAAGCUUAUGUUAAGCAUGACUUCAUAAACAAAUUACUUGUGAAAGAGAAAAACCGCAUGCAGGGUAAAGUUGUAAGUUGAAAAGGCUUAUUUCAAAGAGCACUUCCUGAAAGAGAGAAGCAAUUUCGGCCAACUCCUCCAGCGAGGAUUGCCUUUGAAACAUCUUGUUAAAGCAACAAGCCAGCUUAACACAAAAGAAAUAUAGCAUUUCUGAAAUGCACCAUUUCCAGACAGAGAUAUUUUAACACCAGCAACUCAGAAAUAUCUCUUUUGUAGAACCAGGUAUACCAGAAAAUGCUCACUUCUACAACAGCCCUCUAACCAGCGAGAGUUUCUAAGUAUAAUGCCUAUCAUCAAGCUAUGACUACCUCAAGCAACCAAGAUCAACCUGUCCCUUCCAAUAGCUCACAUCCAGAUGAAUACAAAGUCGCAGCCCUUGUAUUCUACAGCUGUAUCUUCAUAAUCGGAAUAUUUGUUAAUGUCACUGCAUUAUGGGUUUUCAGUUGUACCACCAAGAAGAGAACCACCGUAACCAUCUAUAUGAUGAACGUGGCGCUACUGGACUUACUAUUUAUAAUGAGCCUGCCCUUUAGAAUGUUUUAUUAUGCAAAAGGUGAAUGGCCAUUUGGAGAAUACUUCUGCCACAUUCUUGGGGCUCUUGUAGUGUUUUACCCAAGCAUUGCUCUAUGGCUUUUUGCUUUUAUCAGUGCUGACAGAUACAUGGCGAUUGUGCAGCCAAAAUAUGCCAAAGAACUGAAAAACACAUGCAAAGCUGUGUUCACAUGUGUAGGAGUCUGGAUAAUGACGUUGACAACCACUGUCCCUCUGCUAUUGCUCUAUGAUGACCCAGACAGAGCCUCCUUCCCAGCUACCUGCCUGAAGAUCUCUGAUAUCAUUCACUUAAAAGGUGCCAAUGUGCUGAACUUCACUCGACUGAUAUUUUUUUUCUUGGUCCCUUUGUUCAUUAUGAUUGGAUGCUAUUUGGUCAUUAUUCACAGUCUCCUCCAUGGCAGGACAUCUAAGCUGAAACCCAAGGUCAAGGAGAAGUCCAUCAGAAUCAUCAUCACACUCGUGUUGCAGGUGCUCAUCUGCUUCAUGCCUUUCCACAUCUGUUUUGCCCUCCUAAUGCUAGAUGGGGAAGACAACAGCUACAGUCCCUGGGGAGCCUUUACCACCUUCCUCAUGAACCUCAGCACCUGUCUUGAUGUGAUUCUCUACUACAUUGUUUCCAAACAAUUUCAGGCUCGAGUCAUCAGUGUCAUGCUGUACCGCAAUUACCUCCGCAGUGUGCGCAGAAAAAGUUUCCGAUCCAGUUUCCGAUCUGGUAGUUUACGGUCACUAAGCAACAUCAAUACUGAAAUGUUAUGAACAGAAGGAAGCUGCUUCUCUUUAAUCUCUUGAAAAUUCAUUUUUAUAACUAUUCUAGGG